UCUGUCACAACGUCCUCUGGACUUCACCCCAAGCAGCAUCAAGACUCGGUGAUAACGCAAAAUGGAUGUGAAGUUGCUGGCAGUUGUGGCUGUGCUCACGGUGGCGACUUAUGCGCCUCCAUCACAAGCCAAGCCCAUAAGCCUGGUGGAGAGAUGCUACUGCCGUUCAACAGUCAACAGCCUGCCCAGGGGCAUCAUCCGAGAGCUCAAGUUCAUACACACACCAAACUGCCCCUUCCAAGUCGUUGCCAAACUGAAGACCAACAAAGAGGUGUGCAUUAACCCUGAGAUACGGUGGCUGCAGCAGUACCUGAAGAACGCUAUCAACAAGAUGAAGAAAGCCAAACAGGCCAACUAGAAAGCCUACAGAGAUCCUCCUGAGGCGUCGUUGAGGAUUUGGACCAUCAUCACAGAUAUGUAACAUUUGUAAUGUGUACUCAUCUGGUAUGUUGUGUACAGCACUUAUUCUGCCUGCCAUGCCGUACUGUAGCAUGGAACCAGCCAACAAUCCACCACUGCAGCCACCAGUCUGCUGGCUCUGACACCGGCUUUGCCAUUGCCACUCUCACCACUAUAAAUACUCCUGUUGUUAGCGCAAAGUGCAAUUAUAUCUGUGUGAGUGUAUGUUUUUUCUAACUAUGAUGUACAUACGUUUUUGUUACUGGACUUCAACAGUAAAGAGCUAUUUUUGGAG